AUGGCCUCUUUAAAACAGGAUGGCACAGUGGAUGUCAAAGACUGGUUGACAAUAUUUGUGAUAAUUGGUAGAAGUGAUGGCAGACAUUUCUUCAACAGCCAUGUAGGGAUGGGAUCUAGGCUGCAUCAUUUGUUGUUGGACUUAGUGAUGAUUGUCUCGAUCUCUUCUAUGGUUACUGGAGAGAAAUCUGAUAACCUGCAAAACACAACAGGUAAGUUGAAGUGCCACAAGACCACACAGACUACUCAACAUGCUCCUGAUGAGCAGCCAAUAUCAGUGACAGACGAUYAUGAAUUGCUCAUUGAAGAAUUCAUCACUGAGRCUGAGGACAUUAACAUGAGGGAUGCUGACYACGAUGAACCCUAUACAACUAAAAGUGAAAUAGAAACAACUGACACAGACGGAGGAGCAAAUACAAGGCUGAACAUGAAGGACARAACUCUAAAGACAGAGCCCAAACACAUUGUGUUUCUUUCAAAAUUGUUACUUUUGUUUCKAUUUUGCCACAUAUGCAAAGAUGACAAUCCCUUGGUGGAGGUAAAUGAUGUAGGCACAGCCAUUAUAGUUACUACUACAUGCAAGAAUGCAAAAUGCCCCAAGAGACAUCAAACCUGGUGCAGCCAACCAACCAUACCAGGCCGUGAUGUUCUUGCAGGGAAUUUUCUCAUUUCAAUGGCCAUUCUUCUGGCAGGAGCAUCAGUUACCAAGGUGUUUAGAGUAUUCUCCCACAUGGGCCUGAACACAUUCUUCAAGCACCAAAGGACAAAGCUGUUCCCAACUAUCCAUAUAUAUUGGCAAAGAUGCCAGUCCAAGAUGUUGGAAAUGGCAAAAGCUGUUAGAGGGGGAAUUGUCGUCGCUGGAGAUGGUCGCCAUGAUAGCAUGGGACAUUGCGCAAAGUAUGGAGUAUAUUCCAUAUUUUGUUGCACUGUGCCAAUGAUAAUGCACUUUUCUCUAGUUCAGAGAAAGCAAGCAGGAAACAGCCCUGCUAUGGAAUUAUUGGGAUUCCAACAAUGUAUGGACUUCUUAAUUGGCUAUGGACUUGUGAUCACAACAUUUAUUUCCGAUCGUCAUACUGCAAUCUCAAGCUACAUGAAAGUGUCUCUAAAAAACAUCAUCCAUUAUUUUGAUCUGUGGCACCUUAACAAAAAUGUAGGAGAAGUGAAUAACCUUGAAAGGGAAGUAAGUAAAAGACAAAGAGAUGGCCAUGAAAGGGUGAAAGUGGUAUAUCCUAAGUACAAGAAUGGACAGGCUACAGUCAGAAAUGUUCGCAUACAGCAAAAUUUUGGCUAUGUUGAUGAAAUUUAUGACACCUUCCUUGGACUCUCAAAAAACAAACUGAAAGAAGCAUCUGCAGAGCUAAAGGAGAUGAUACCUGACCCAAUGUGUUCUGUUUUACAAAAAGAAAACAGAGAAGCUGCCAUUGCAAAGAAACAGCAACGAGAAACCAUGGUCAUAACUGAUGUGCCAACAACAACCCCAGUUGCCCAAGUUCAAGCAGCUGCAGCUGCAGCCAGGCAAGCAGCCACAGCACAACAAGCAGCUCCAAAAGAAAGUAUUUGUGAGCUGCUAGUCGAAGGCUCCACUUCUCUAGGCAUACUGGUUUAA